GGGAGUGACGUCUCCAAAUGUUGUUGUUGGUGGCGGCGGCGAGCGGAGCCGGAGGAGCCGCCGCAAAGAUGGAGGAGCCGUCGAGGAGGCGCUGCCGCUGCUGCCGCCGCCGCUGCUGCCGCCGCCGCCCGCGAAGCCGGAGCUCGAGCCGCAGGGGGGAUGCCGUUCUGAGUGCCUGACUGCCUCGCCCCGAAGGAUGGCCUCUGAUGGGCAUUAGAGGCACAGCAGCCCCGGGCUCCUGUCCCGUCCGUCUGUCUGUUAUCGUCUGUCCCUCUUGACAUCACCGCAGCUCCACCCCCUCCCAUCCCAGCCCCCAACGCCAGCUUCCUGUGGGCCCAGAGCCGGCAUGAACUCUCCCACCGAGUCGGGGGACUCUGGGAAGUGCAUUGAGGAUUGUCCGGCUGUCUGACAGUUUGGUUCCCACUUCAUGCUGUUAUGGGAAGUUCUAACCUCUGGGUGCCCAGUCUGCUGAGUGCUCCUGUCUUCCCUUACAGAUGGGAUGUCAGGCCGGGAACCAUCCUUGGAAAUCCUGCCUCGGACCCCUCUACACGGCAUCCCUGUGGCAGUGGAGGUGAAGCCGGUGCUGCCUGGAGCCAUGCCCAGCUCCAUAGGGGGUGGGGGAGGAGGCAGCCCCAGCCCCGCGGAGCUACGGGGGGCUCUGGCAGGCCCUGUGGACCCCGCACUGAGGGAGCAGCAGCUGCAGCAGGAGCUCCUGGCGCUCAAGCAGCAGCAGCAGCUGCAGAAGCAGCUCCUGUUCGCCGAGUUCCAGAAACAGCAUGACCACCUGACCCGGCAGCACGAGGUCCAGCUGCAGAAGCACCUCAAGCAGCAGCAGGAGAUGCUGGCGGCCAAAAGGCAGCAGGAGCUGGAGCAGCAGCGGCAGCAGGAGCAGCGGCGGCAGGAGGAGCUGGAGAAGCAGCGGCUGGAGCAGCAGCUGAUCAGCCUGCGGAACAAGGAGAAGAGCAAAGAGAGUGCCAUCGCCAGCACCGAGGUGAAGCUGAGGCUCCAGGAAUUCCUUCUGUCGAAGUCAAAGGAGCCCACGCCCGGCGGCCUCAACCAUUCCCUCCCACAGCACCCCAAAUGCUGGGGAGCCCACCAUGCUUCUUUGGACCAGAGUUCCCCUCCCCAGAGUGGCCCCCCUGGGACGCCUCCUUCCUACAAACUGCCUUUGCUUGGGCCCUACGACAGCCGCGAUGACUUCCCCCUCCGCAAAACAGCCUCUGAACCCAACUUGAAAGUACGUUCGAGGCUAAAGCAGAAGGUGGCUGAGCGGAGAAGUAGUCCCCUUUUGCGCCGCAAAGAUGGGACAGUCAUUAGCACCUUUAAGAAGAGAGCUGUUGAGAUCACCGGUGCUGGGCCUGGGGUGUCCUCCGUGUGUAACAGUGCACCAGGCUCCGGCCCCAGCUCUCCCAACAGCUCCCACAGCACCAUUGCUGAGAAUGGCUUUACUGGCUCAGUCCCCAACAUCCCCACCGAGAUGCUCCCCCAGCACCGGGCCCUCCCUCUGGACAGCUCCCCCAACCAGUUCAGCCUCUACACGUCUCCCUCUCUGCCCAACAUCUCCCUAGGGCUGCAGGCCACAGUCACUGUCACCAACUCACACCUCACCGCCUCCCCGAAGCUGUCCACGCAGCAGGAGGCCGAGAGGCAGGCCCUCCAGUCCCUGCGGCAGGGCGGCGCACUGACGGGCAAGUUCAUGAGCACAUCCUCCAUCCCCGGCUGUCUACUGGGCGUGGCACUGGAGGGCGACACUAGCCCCCAUGGGCACGCCUCCCUGCUGCAGCAUGUGUUGCUGCUGGAGCAGGCUCGGCAGCAGAGCACCCUCAUUGCUGUGCCACUCCAUGGGCAGUCCCCGCUGGUGACAGGUGAACGUGUGGCCACCAGCAUGCGGACAGUGGGCAAGCUCCCACGGCACCGGCCCUUGAGUCGUACUCAGUCCUCCCCGCUGCCCCAGAGCCCCCAGGCCCUGCAGCAGCUUGUGAUGCAGCAGCAGCACCAGCAGUUCCUGGAGAAACAGAAGCAACAGCAGCUGCAGCUGGGCAAGAUCCUCACCAAGACUGGGGAGCUGCCACGGCAGCCCACCACCCACCCUGAGGAGACAGAGGAGGAGCUGACUGAGCAGCAGGAGGCCUUGCUUGGGGAGGGAGCCCUGACCAUCCCCCGAGAAGGCUCCACGGAGAGUGAGAGCACGCAGGAAGACCUGGAGGAAGAGGAGGAGGAAGAAGAGGAGGAGGAGGAAGAGGAGGAGGAGGAGUGCAUCCAGGUCAAGGAUGAGGAGGGCGAGAGUGGCGCUGAGGAGGGGCCUGACUUGGAUGAGUCCAGUGCUGGUUACAAAAAGGUGUUCUCCGAUGCCCAGCAGCUGCAGCCACUUCAGGUGUACCAGGCCCCCCUCAGCCUGGCCACUGUGCCCCACCAGGCCCUGGGCCGCACCCAGUCCUCACCUGCUGCCCCUGGGGGCAUGAAAAGCCCCCCAGACCAGCCCGCCAAGCACCUCUUCACCACAGGUGUGGUCUACGACACGUUCAUGCUGAAGCACCAGUGCAUGUGUGGAAACACACACGUGCACCCUGAACAUGCUGGCCGGAUCCAGAGCAUCUGGUCCCGGCUGCAGGAGACAGGCCUGCUUAGCAAGUGUGAGCGGAUCCGGGGUCGCAAAGCCACGCUGGAUGAGAUCCAGACCGUGCACUCCGAAUACCACACCCUGCUCUAUGGGACCAGCCCCCUCAACCGACAGAAGCUGGACAGCAAGAAGCUGCUCGGCCCCAUCAGCCAGAAGAUGUAUGCCAUGCUGCCUUGUGGGGGCAUUGGGGUGGACAGUGACACCGUGUGGAAUGAGAUGCACUCCUCCAGUGCCGUGCGCAUGGCAGUGGGCUGCCUGGUAGAGCUUGCUUUCAAGGUGGCCGCAGGAGAGCUCAAGAAUGGAUUUGCCAUCAUCCGGCCCCCGGGACACCAUGCAGAGGAAUCCACAGCCAUGGGAUUUUGCUUCUUCAACUCUGUAGCCAUCACAACCAAACUCCUGCAGCAGAAACUGAAUGUGGGCAAGGUUCUCAUCGUGGACUGGGACAUUCACCAUGGCAAUGGCACCCAGCAAGCAUUUUACAAUGACCCGUCUGUGCUCUACAUCUCCCUGCACCGCUAUGACAAUGGGAACUUCUUUCCAGGCUCUGGGGCUCCUGAAGAGGUUGGCGGAGGGCCGGGCAUUGGGUACAAUGUGAACGUGGCAUGGACGGGAGGUGUGGACCCCCCCAUCGGAGACGUGGAGUACCUAACGGCCUUCAGGACAGUGGUGAUGCCCAUUGCCCACGAGUUCUCACCUGACGUGGUCCUGGUUUCUGCCGGGUUUGAUGCUGUUGAGGGACACCUGUCUCCACUGGGUGGCUACUCUGUCACCGCCAGAUGCUUUGGCCACUUGACCAGGCAGCUGAUGACGCUGGCAGGGGGCCGGGUGGUGCUGGCCCUGGAGGGAGGCCACGACUUGACCGCCAUCUGUGAUGCCUCUGAGGCCUGUGUCUCAGCUCUGCUCAGCGUGGAGCUGCAGCCCUUGGACGAGGCAGUCUUGCAACAAAAGCCUAACAUCAAUGCAGUGGCCACACUAGAGAAAGUCAUCGAGAUCCAGAGCAAGCACUGGAGCUGCGUCCAGAGGUUCGCUGCUGGUCUAGGCCGUUCCCUGCGGGAGGCCCAGGCAGGUGAGACGGAGGAGGCAGAGACUGUGAGCGCCAUGGCCUUGCUGUCGGUGGGGGCGGAGCAGGCCCAGGCUGCUGCUGCCCGGGAGCAUAGCCCCAGGCCAGCAGAGGAGCCCAUGGAACAGGAGCCUGCCCUGUGACGCCCUGGCCCCCAUCCCUCUGGGCUUCAUCAUUGUGAUUUUGUUUAUUUUUUCUAUUAAAAACAAAAAGUCACACAUUCAA